AUGAAUACAUCAGACCAAUCAGACCAUGACCAUCAAGAACAACAAGAAGAUUCAAAGUCAGUCUCAUUUGCGGAUCAAGAAUCACCUGCAGAAGAUAAGCCCCAGUCAAUCUGGAGAACCCCAGGCAAAAACAGGAAGUCCAAUAUUGAUGAGCGUGUACCUGAUAGCAACUGCAACAUCGUCUCUGAUUCCUCUGAAGAUGAGGACACUCCCACACUUAGGGUGAUCCAAAUAGAUACAAUACCAUACCGCCUCUUGCAUGGGGAGUCCUUGUAUGUCCAAAUCCAAGAUCUGAGAACCAAUGCCAUCAACAACAUUCCAGUGGCAUGGGCCAAGAACAGGCACAAAAUUCUGUUGGCCAACUAUGUCACCAAGAACUACAGAUAUGAGGAAGCCCCAAAUAAGUCCAUACGCAGCCUCAUUAUCUGGGCAUUAGAUGUCACCAAUCCAAGGAGAGCAAAUAUGAUGCAUCAGACAGAUACAGAUGCUAUUAGCACUCAAGAGGAGUAUGUCCACAAGAUCAAGGCCAUUUACCCCGUCUGCUGUGAUCUCAGUGACCCUACCAAGAGUGAUUUACAAGUGGUCAUCCAACAUCUUACUACCAAGGAUGAUGAGUGGAUGUCUGUAAAGGCAGCAAAGCUGGUUUAUACACACAUACUGGCCAAGUAUGUUACAGACAACUAUUUGUACCAUGAAGCAAGUACUCCCCUUAUGAAAGAUCUCAUCCUAUGGGCUAUUGGGCAGACCAAACAAGAUCAUAUUACCAGCAGUGUUCGCAACAACAAUAUGACAACCACCAAGUACUAUGACCCAUGGACUGCAGCUAAGCUAUUUGCUAAGCUCUCCAAGACAAAGGAUGAUAUAUACUCUGAUAUGUAUACUGACAGUGGAGCUGAUACUUGCAGCAUUGGUGGAAAGGCCUGGAUCAUUGAUACACCAUCUGGCAGAACUGUCAAUGUUGCUGGAUGGGAUGAAGGAGCUAUGAAACCUUCAUUGAUGAUAAACCAAGAAAACAUGGUGGCACUUCCUAUGUUGGGAAACAAGGAUAUGUGA